CGCGACCUUCACUCACUCACCUCCACGCAACUCUUUCCCCACACCAACAAUACGUUAUGGCGUCACCCGCCGCAGAGACCAUGCAAAAUGGCAUCUCAACGCCCCCCGCGACCGCAAAUGCGCCCACACUCAGUCCACCUACACAACAACCCUCACAGCCAACCGCGCAACCAUCGCAACAAUCCAACGGCGUAUCCACAGCCGCACCCAUGAACCCCGCCUUCCCACCAAAUUCCCUCUCCGACCCAGGCACCUCGAAACGACCCCGCGACGCGCGCCUCAUCCACCUCAUCCUCGCCAACAUGGGCGUGCACGCCUACACCGAGCGCGUCCCCCUCCAACUCCUCGACUUUGCUUACCGCUACACCUCGUCCAUCCUAUCCGAUGCAAUCAGUUACGAACCGCCUCUACCCACCACCUCCGGUAGCAAGAAACGCGGCGCGAACGCUGAUGGAAGCGGUGAAGAUGGUGUUUCGCUUAAUGCGCUACGUACAGCUGUGGGAGCGCGCGCGGCUAGUGCGUUUAAUACGUCUUUGGGCAAGGAUUUCAUGUCCGAAGUCGCACAGGAGCGGAAUCGCAUUGCGUUGCCGCGUGUAGAGCGGGAGUUUGGCAUCAGAUUACCGCCUGAGAGGUAUUGUUUCACGGGCGUGGGAUGGGGGGUUAAGGGUGCGUGGGAGGAGGAGAUUGAAGAUGCGGGUGAGGAUGAGGAUAUGGAGGUUGAUGGUGAUGGAUUUGGUGGGGGGCCUGUGGGCACGGUGAAUGGUACGACCGCACCGAAUGCUGCAGCUGAGACUGAAGCCAAGGAUACGGAUAUGGGGGGUAUGGAUGAGGAGGAUGAGGAGGUCGAUGACGAUGAGUUUGAGGAGGCUAUGGGGAUUAACCGGGAGAAUAAUGGUUGAGACAGACAUGCUUCUGAGAGAUGGACAUGGAGAUGGACAAGGCGUUUGGGGGGACUUGAGCAUUUGUAACGGCGUCAUGGACUGGGAGGUAUACCAGAGCUGGAAAAAGCUUGAGCUUUACUUUGCGCAAAAGGCCGCGCUUCGUUGAAAUGCGGGCGAGUAUUUACACGUUAUC